CCUGCCGGGGCAGGGGGCGGGGCCCGGAGCGCGGAGGACGCGGCGCGUGCUCGAGGCGAUGGGGGAUGGAGCGGGAGGAGGAGGAGGAGGAGGCGGAGGAAGGAGCCGGGGCUGCGGCUGAGGAAGGAGCGGGGGCUGCGGGAGCCGAUGAUGCUGGUGCUGAGGAUGAGGAUGAUGAGGAUGAUGAUGAUGAGGAAGGCGUGGCGGGCCGGUUCCUGGCUCUCCAGCGCGCUCUCUCCGAGCGGCUCCGGGCGCUGCCGCCGCCGGGCCCGCCCGUGGCCGUGGUGUACGCGCCGCUCGAGUACGCGUGGGAGCCGCACCGGAGCUUCGUGCGCCGCUUCCUGCGCUCGCCCAAGGCCGUGCUGUUCCUGGGCAUGAACCCGGGGCCCUUCGGGAUGGCACAGACCGGGGUGCCGUUCGGCGAGGCGUGGCACGUCCGCGAGUGGCUGCGGGUGUCGGGCUCGGUGCUGCGGCCGCCCCACGAGCACCCCAAGCGCCCGGUGCUGGGGCUGCGCUGCCCGCGGGCCGAGGUGAGCGGCGCCCGCUUCUGGGGGCUCAUCCGCAGCCUCUGCCCCGACCCCCGCGCCUUCUUCCGCCACUGCUUCGUGCACAACCUCUGCCCGCUGCUCUUCCUCGCCGCCUCGGGCCGCAACGUGGCCCCUCCGGAGCUGCGGGCGGCGGAGCGGGAGCGGCUGCUGGCGCCGUGCGGGGCCGCGCUCGCCGCCGCCGUGCGGGCGCUGCGGGUGCGCCUGGUGGUGGCGCUGGGCCGCGUGGCCGAGCUGCGGGCGCGCCGGGCGCUGCGGGACGCGGGCAUGGCCGUGCCCGUGGCCUGGAUCCCGCACCCGUCCCCGCGGAACCCCCGCGCCAACCGCGGCUGGGAGGGGGAGGCGCGGGAGAGGCUGCGGGAGCUGGGGGUGCUGCGGCUCUUGGGGGUGCGGGACGGGGGGGAUGGAGGGACGGAAGGGUUGGAGCUGCUGGGGACUGGGGAAAGUGGGGCUGGGGGGGGCCUGGACCAGUUUGGGACUGGGGAAAGUGGGGCUGGGGGGGGCCUGGACCAGUUGGGAACUAAGAAAAUGGGUCUGGAGGGUCCUUGCCCCAGUUUGGGACUGGGGAAAGUGGGGCUGGGGGGAGCCUGGACCAGUUGGACCAGUUUGGGACUGGGGAAAGUGGGGCUGGGGGGUCCCUGGACCAGUUUGGGACUGGGGAAUGUGGAGUUGGAGGGGGCCUGGACCAGUUUGGGACCAGGGAAAAUGGAGUUGGGGGGCACCUGGACCAGUUGGGAACUGGGGAAAAUGGGGCUGGGGGGUCCCUGGACCAGUUUGGGACUGGGGAAAAGGGGAUUGGGGGGCACCUGGACAGUUGGGAACUGGGGAAAAGGGGAUUAG